AUGCUUUCCAUCAGAUCCUUUGCCCGUUCAGCACCUAGAGCUGUCUCCAAACUCACAAGCUCAGCAAUCAGACGACCAGCUGCAAGACAGGUCUCCUUAUUACAAUCAGCAUGGAGACCAGCGAGGACACAAUAUGCCGCAGCUUUCUCAACAUCAUCAAUGAGAGGAGCAAAGGCCGGUGAAGGGGACGAGGAAUUGAUCGCAAAGCUCGAGUCGGAACUCGAAGUGGAGAAUGAAAUGAAGGAGGAAGGGGGUGUUCCAACUAGUAUCAAGGAUUAUCUUGAGAACGGACCUUUCGAGAUCCAGGAUGUGCCUGGCAGAGAGGACGUCGUUCUUACCAGAAAAUUCGGCGAUGAGACAAUCCGAGUCACCUUCUCCAUUGCCGACCUCAAUGCCGUCGACCCCGAAGCCGAUUACCAAGACCGCGCCCUGAGCGACGAAGACGAUAUGGAUAACAUCAAUCAAGGGAACGAGAAGAACUUCAAGGUCGCUCCUGAAGAUUCAGUGUCCAGGGCGGAUCGUGAAGAUGCUGAAGAGGAGGAAGAGCCAUCUUUCCCAGCUCGUGUGAACGUCGUCGUCGAGAAGCCAGGCAAGGGCGCACUCGCAAUUGAGACUGUUGCCCAAGAUGGCAUGAUUGUCAUCGACAACGUUUACUACUUCGCCGAUGCCGCACACGCACACGCCAAGACGGCCGAGAAGAUCCACGAGAGACAGGAUCUGUAUGCUGGACCACCAUUCAGCAACUUGGAUGAAGACUUGCAGGUGCUUUUGGAGAGAUAUCUGGAGGAGAGAGGGAUCAACACCGCUUUGGCUAUCUUUGUGCCAGAUUACAUCGACAUGAAGGAGCAGCGGGAGUAUUUGACUUGGCUUUCGAACGUCAAGCGCUUCGUUGAGGCGUAG